GGCUCACAUCCUGGGAAAUAACCUAGGUCGGAACUCUAGCAGGAGCCAGCCACAGCCUCUCCCCGGGGCAAAGUGUUCACCACAGUAACAAGCGGAAGAGGAAGGUAAUGCUUCAGUCUUCAGCACGGCAAGGACUUGAGGGCUGCUGAGCUUCUCCCUGAUACUUUGUUCCUGCUUAUUCAGAGCGGACCCCAAAGGAGAAGUCACAGCAAAGAAAUUGCCACCAAGCAGCCCAAGAGGCCUAGAAGCAAACCUGGAGGUGAGACCUGGAGAAAGCUGGAACCAUGCUGACCUUGUGUCCUACGAAGAGGCAGAUUCAGCACCUGCGAAGCCUGCUGUCAGUGCAGAUGAAGGAGAUGGGGGUCCCCAAAUCUGCCGUGUAUGUGGGGAUAAGGCGACUGGUUACCACUUCAAUGUCAUGACAUGUGAAGGAUGCAAGGGCUUUUUCAGGUAGAGUUACCUGCCAGCCCUUACCCACCUGCCACCCCAACACACUGGGUCACAUCUAACUGGGGCUCUGCCAUUAGCCCACUGGGAACUGCUUUAGAGUCUCAGCCUGACCUAUCCCAGCUUCAGAGUAUGGGGCAGUUGCCAGUUCAAACGCCUUCUAUUUUUUCAGGAGAUUCAUGAAUAUCUCAGAGGACUUCCUCUUCCAUCUUUCUAUCUUACUCGGGAAAGGGCCCCUUCCACUAAGAUAACCCUUUUGUUUCUCCAUGUGUUGAAUAAAAUGGAAAAUCAGUUCAUAAAAGAGGAAAGAAUCCAAAAAGCCAAAACUCUAGUGCUCAAAUCAACUUCAGGGAGUGUUUGUUAAGCAAAGAAUGGCAUAAAAUAAAAGAAUAGGACAAAACAGUCUCAUCUAGAAACAGGCAAACAGGGAGGUCGAAAACUUAAGGACUGCAAAGUAUCAGUUCAUAGCAAGACAGGCCUACACAGAACGGUUCACAUUGUCCAAAUGAAGAAAGAGUAAAGACCAAAGCCCCCCUGCGAGGCUCUCAGAUCAAAAGGAAGAGAAGCCGGCCAAGAAAGGAGGGAAGCAGAGAAAGAAUGUGUGAGGAGUUGGCAGUCUGCCCACCAGGAGGGCCAAGGAGGAGAGCCAUGAAACGCAACACCCGGCUGAGGUGCCCCUUCCGGAAGGGCACCUGCGAAAUCACCCGGAAGACCCGGCGUCAGUGCCAGGCCUGCCGGCUCCGCAAGUGCCUGGAGAGCGGGAUGAAGAAGGAGAUGAUCAUGUCCGAUGCGGCUGUGGAGCAGAGGCGGGCUCUGAUCAGGAGGAAAAAGAGAGAACAGAUGGGCACUCAGACCCUGGGAGCCAAGGGGCUGACUCAGGAGCAGCAGACAAUGAUCAGAGAACUGAUGGAUGCUCAGAUGAAAACCUUCGACACCACCUUCUCCAAUUUCAAGGACUUCCGGCUGCCAGAAGCGCCCAGCAGUGGUCACGAGGUUCCGGAAUCCCUGCAGCCUCCAGCGGGGGAAGAAGCUGCCAAGUGGAGCCAGAUCAGGGAAGAUCUGUGCUCACUGAAGGUCUCUCUGCGCCUGCGGGGGGAAGACGGCAGCGUCUGGAACUACAAACCCCAACCUGAUAGCAGUGGGAGAGAGAUCUUUUCCCUGCUGCCCCACAUGGCUGACAUGUCAACCUACAUGUUCAAAGGCAUCAUCAACUUUGCCAAAGUCAUCUCCCACUUCAGGGAUUUGCCCAUCGAGGACCAGAUCUCCCUGCUAAAGGGGGCCACCUUUGAGCUGUGCCAGCUGAGAUUCAACACAGUGUUCAACGCAGAGACGGGAACCUGGGAGUGUGGUCGGCUGUCCUACUGCUUGGAAGACCCCGCAGGUGGCUUCCAGCAGCUUCUCCUGGAGCCGGUGCUGAAGUUCCACUACAGGCUGAAGAAGCUGCAGCUGCAUAGGGAGGAGUACGUGCUGAUGCAGGCCAUCUCUCUUUUCUCUCCAGGUGACGACCCCACCUGGCCUGCUUGGCCACUCCCCUCCAGCACCUCCAGCCCCAGGCUUGCUUGCAUUCCCUCAGCUUUAGGAGGAGGUGGCAGCCCACCCCUGCCCUCCCCAGGGAGGGUCCCAGCCUCUGGGCUUGCCCCCGUUUGCUGCAUGGCCAGGAGGGGGUCCCUGGCUAGCUUCUCCCUGGGUUGGCGGGGUGAUGUCCCCUUCGAGUGCCAUCCUCCCUUCCCUGCCUGGGUGCCUCUGGCUCCGGAAGGUGGUUGGCUGGCCAUUUGCACUCUCUGGCUGGCCCCAUCUUGUCUGCCCCCACGGCCUUGCUGGCACCACGCUGUCUUCCCGUCCCCCGCAGACCGCCCAGGUGUGGUGCAGCGCAGUGUGGUGGACCAGCUGCAGGAGAGAUUUGCCAUUGCCCUGAAGGCCUACAUCGAGUGCAGCCGGCCCCAGCCUGCCCACCGGUUCCUGUUCCUGAAGAUCAUGGCUAUUCUCACCGAGCUCCGCAGCAUCAAUGCCCAGCACACCCAGAGGCUGCUGCGCAUUCAAGACAUACACCCGUUCGCCAGCCCCCUCAUGCGGGAGCUGUUUGGCAUCACAGAUGGCUGAGAAGCUGCCCCCUUGGGAGAGCCUUGGGUGGUGGGGGGUGCAGCCAGAGCCAGAGCCCUGUCCUUGGAGCCACCAUUCCUGGAUCCAGACAGAUGGAUACCGCUGAGAGCCGACAAUGCCCUACUUGUCGUGCCCACCCCAGGGAAUCCACAACCACAGCUCUGGCAGUGUUGCCUAGCGUUCCUCAGGGAAGGGAUGAGGGUCUCCCUGGACUCCAACCCAGUCUGUGGAGAGGGAAGCCAUAGACACUUCGAUGGAGAGUGCACUGGCCUGUCCAGAGGCAAGAGCACCCUCCCCUUAGAGAUGGCCCUGUGGUCUGGGCAUCUAGUGUCAUGGUGGGAGAGGGGAAAGGGUGCCUGGGGCUGGACCAUCUGAGAGUCUGUGCCCACAGCCAGGUUCAUUAGCUUCUUGGAUGUUUUCACUACAUAGCCCCGUGUCCCUCACCGCACUCAUUCCCAGCCCGCAGCCACCUGUCCUGACCUGCUCAGUGAGUUUCCAGGCCUGUGUUCAUCAGCUGGUGUAUCUGUGUCUGCGAGAGGAGCCAGAAGGCCUGCAGCAGAUGUUAGAGGCCUGUCAUGACCGCUGGGUCUAUUCUUUCUUCCUUCUGGACCCUCGUUCUGUGUCUUUGUAGCCAUACAAACACAUUUGUAAGCACCAACAACAUGCAGCUUUCUGUGGGGUAUUUGCCGACUCAGACAUAGCUCCUGAACUCCAAGACUUUCAAGUUCAACUUAACAAAGCAGAAACACAAGAGUUUUGAUCCAAAGAAGUGGUAAGGGCCACAAGAAGCAAGAGGAAUUUCUUCCUGUGAACACUGAGCUAUGUGGGGUUCUGCAUGCACCUAAGGACCCAAGUGAGGGAUCUCUGGAACAUGUGUUCGUGGGAGGAAGGGCACUAACUGGCUGAGUGCACAUUGCGUGACUUAGUGUAGGUUGGCUCUGCGUCAGACCUGGGGCUUGGGUCUGCCCCCGAGGUGGAACACUAGGGUGCUCUCUGCAACAAGGUUAUGUUAAUAAACAUGCUAGCUAUCACGCCCUGUAUGCUCCUGUUUAUACAUCUGUUUGGAAAGCUAAAGAGUAUGAAAGUGUUUGCUUUGUUUAUAGCCAUUUUGAGUAAACAUGUUUUUGCCUUUCCUGCAAAUUACGUUUUGACUAAUUUUACGUAGGCAUUCUGCACCUAAGGACAAGAUUUAGCAAAUAUGUUCCUGAGUUUAGUGUCAAAUCAAGUCAAGAGGACUAAGUAAUUAAUUUGUGGCUAGAGAUUUAAACUUUUUUUUUUUUUUUGGUCUUCUGUGGGGGUGGGAAAAUAGAAAUAUUAUUUCAUAACAUACAUAUCUAUUUCUUCACUACUUGUUUUACUACUGCCCUUUGCACAUCUGAAGGCUGUUGGUAUGAAAACAAAAAUGAUUUAACUUGGUUUGCUCAUAAAAUUAUUCCAUAUAAAGAUCCAUGUAAAGAUGAUACACCCUGCAAUAUAGUAUAUGUGUUGGUGUGCUUAUGUACCAGAAUUAAAACUGUAGUAUUUGGAUUAA